UAUUAAAUUAAAACUCUAAAAUGCAUUUAAUUGUGUUUGUUUUAAUAAUAUUUUAUCGCAAUUUUGUUGACCGCAUGAGGAAAAAAGAAAAUCUAAUCCGAAAUACUGCGAAAGAAUCAACUAAACGAAUUGACAUUGACACUUGAUUAGUGUUACCAGUUGUAAAAAUAUUUUUUUUUUUUUAUUAUUUUAAAGUUAAUAAGUUGUGUUUUCAUAUAUUUCAUCUUUUUAAUCGUCCCAUUGAUCCUAAAAUUAAAGUUCCAUUAAUCAAAAUGUUCAUAAGUAAAGAGUAGCAUUCACAGGAAGUCUCUAUCUUAUAAAAUGAUGUCAGGGUUAGUGUUGCAAAUACCAAGAUGGGAGGUGGGAAAUUCAAGGCAAAGUAUUUCUCAAUACUUCGCAGUUCGCUAUAAUGAAAAUGUAUGUGGUAGCAAAGAACGUAAUAGUUAUCAAGUGAUAAAUUUGUUGUGUUUUAACAAUGGAAUUAUUUUUAAAAGUUUUACGUUGGUGCCCCUCAUCGUUUAGAGGACUAUCGAAACUUGUGUCAGAUUUCGUAGAUACUCUCGUAAGUGUCAUUGAAUAUUUGUAUCCAGAUUUCGAAGGAAAAGCAUUGGAAUCGGAGUAAUUUGCAAGAUGUUGGACGAAUUAGUGAAAGAUUACUCUGCAUACUUGAAAUUAGAUGUGUUAAAUGGUUUUCAAACAGUUCAAGAUGUGGUUGAUAACAUGUUGACAAGACUUGAAGAGCUAACUAGUGUACUGCAGAUGGUCAAAUUAAAGAAUAGUGAUUGUAGCUCAGCUGUUUCAGAUGAUAUCAGCAAAUAUCGCAAUGAAAUUACAGCACUUUCAAAGAAAAUAUCCACACUAUUAAAUGUUAUACAGAAACUUCAAAAUAAUAUGGAACAACUUGAAAAACAGGUGGAAAAAGCAGAAGCUGACUUUGGCAUAAACAAUGACAACAAAAUUAAAAGCUUCUUAAAACCAUUCUUGAAAAGGACUAAAGAGAUAGCUCCACCAAGUACCCCAUCUCCAACUUAUGAGAGAUUAGUUUUUGAAAGUGUCUUAAAUAGUUUUGAAGACCAGAAACCUUGAGUUAGAUUUAUCAGGUAGAUAGGGAAUUAAAUUAUUAUGUAUUUUUAUACAAUAUUUUGUGCUUAUGAAUAGAUAUGUGUACUUAUAUUGUAAUUUAAGUAUUGAAAUGUAAUCUCACAGGUUAUCAUGGUGCUUGUAUGGUGUAAAUGAACUUGUCCAUAUUAUAUCGAAUUUAUAGGUUACAAAAGAGUAUCCCUUUUAUGUUUGAAUG